AUGAUGCCAGGAGGCAGAGCUACGGGACUCACCUCCUGCUGGCAGGACGGCAUGGUGGCGCAGCCACUGAUGACGUCUAAGAACCUUCUCUUCCGGAUGACGGUCCCCGUGACCCACGGCCACUUCGGGCCGGGCGGGGAGGUGUUCUGCACUUGCGGCCUCCUUGAAGCUGUUCAAGAGUCCCUUGAGGAUGGAGUUAUUCCUGGGCUCUCUCUCCCCAGCAACACACAGCCUGGUGACUCCAGGAUGCGGGCCUGGGUGAGGGGGGUGGGAGCCGAGAUGGUGGGGGCCGCCAGAGACAGACCCCGGUUGGGGAGGGACCCGGGGGACACAUGUACAGGAGGACCGAGGCCCUCGGGGUCUGAGUGCAGCGGGACGGCUCCGGAGCCCAGACACUCCCCUCCUGCGCUGCCCCCUUCUUGUCCCCAGAUCAGCGGCCUGGGGAGGCAGAUGCCCAGGGCCGGCCCAGGUGGCACGGCCGGGCAGAAGGCUGCCUCGGUCCACGAGAGGAAGUCCACGUCUUCUUGA